AUGGAGAAGAAGAAGUUAGGGAAGAAGAAGAAGUUAGGGAAGGAGAAGAAGUUAAGGAUGGUUUGGGAUGGGGAAGAAGUGAAGGAAGGAGAAGAAGUUAGGGAAGAAGAAGAAGCUUUGGAUGGAGAAGAAGUCAAGGAUAAAGAAGAAACUAUGGAUGGGGAAGAAGUUAAGGAGGGAGAGAUGAUUAUUAUGGAUGGAGAAGAAGUCAAUGAAGGAGAAGAAGUCAUGACGGAGAAGAAGUCAUGGACGGAGAAGAUGUUAUGGAAGGAGAAGAUGGUUUGGAUGGAGGAAGGAGAAGAAGUUAAGGAAAGAGAGGAAGUUAAAGAAGGAGAAGAAGUUAAGGAUGAAGAAGAAGUUUGGGAUGGAGAAGAAGAAGUUUGGAAUGGAGAAGAAUUCAAGGAGGAAGAAGAAGUUAAGGAAGGAGAAGAAGUUAUGGAUGGAGAUGGAGAAGAAAUUUGGCAUGUAGAUGAAGAAGUUAAAGAAGGAGAAGAAGAAGUUAAGGAUGGAGAAGAAGAAGUUAGGGACGGAGAAGAAGUUAAGGAUGGGGAAAUAGUUUGGGAUGGGGAAGAAGUGAAGGAAGGAGAAGAAGUUAGGGAAGAAGAAGAAGCUUUGGAUGGAGAAGAAGUCAAGGAUAAAGAAGAAACUAUGGAUGGGGAAGACGAAGUUAAGGAGGGAGAGAUGAUUAUUAUGGAUGGAGAAGAAGUCAAGGAAGGAGAAGAAGUCAUGACGGAGAAGAAGUCAUGGACGGAGAAGAUGUUAUGGAAGGAGAAGAUGGUUUGGAUGGAGAAGAAGUUAAGGAAGGAGAAGAAGUUAGGGAAAGAGAGGAAGUUAAAGAAGGAGAAGAAGUUAAGGAUGGAGAAGAAGUUUGUGAUGGAGAAGAAGAAGUGUGGAAUGGAGAAGAAUUCAAGUAUGGAGAAGAAAUCAAGGAAGAAGAAGAAGUUAAGGAAGGAGAAGAAGUUAUGGAUGGAGUAUAAGUUAAGGAUGAAGAAGAAAUUUGGGAUGUAG